CAUGCCUCGCCCGUUCUCUCCAGAAGCCCCCUCGUUCAGGCGCGAUGCAGAAAUCUCCUUCACCUACCCCCCCUUCAUCCUCAUCAAUUCUUCAUCUCCCCCCUCCUUCAUCCUCAUGAAGUUUGCACCUCAAAGUGACCUGCAAGCCCUCAAACCCGUGAUCUGCGGUGAAACAGGAACUUUCAAGCGCAACAAGAGAGGCAAGCGCAGGAAGAACAAGUCCAAACAGGAUUGCUUUAACUAUGGAAAGAAAUAUCACUUCGCUCGUGAUUAUACUGAGCCGAACAAGGAGCGAUCGAGCACAUAGCAAGAGAUAGAGUCAAAUUUGUGGAGUAUCGUCGAAUUCCUGUUGGGAGUUGUGAUAUCAAGGUGGGGAAUAGAGCUAGUAUGGAGGUGCUGGGAGUUGAUACUUACAAGCCAGUCUUGCGAGGCAGUCACAUUCUAUUACUCCAUCAUGUGUUAUACGCUUCCAGAAUAUGAUGAAAUUUAUUUUUCGUAGUUACUUUAUUAAGACUUGGUUUCUGCAUUAUAUUUGAAAACAAUGGUGUUUUCAUAUUCUUGGGCAAUGUCUUUUAUGGUUAUAUUUUUCUUUCAGACAGGUUUAUGAUAAUUUGAGUUAUUCGAAUGUGAAUGAAUCUAUUAUUUUUUUCA